AUGUUAGAAAAUGCGUUUGUGAAAUCAGUAAAGAUGUUGAGAUCAAGUGUAGGAUAUCAACAGGAUCAAAUGUACUUUACUUCAUAGGAGGUUUAGACCUAGAAAAAGAGGUGUACUUUUAAACCAGGUAAUUAAGUUACCAAUUAAUUAUAUUAAUUUAAUGUAAUACAUUCUCUUUUAAAUUAGUUAUCUGUUAAAAAGGGAGAAUGGAAUGGAGAGAUUAGUAUUAAAGAUUAUAAAGGGACAUUUAAAAUUGAGCAUUGGAUUUAUAUAGAAUAAGAAUUACGAUCACUAACAUCUUUUAAAUUACUUUAAUUUAUCAAUACUCAAUUAGAUAAAGAACAUCUUAAUAUUUUAGGUAGACUUAUAAAUUGGAUUAAUCCAAUAGAUUUUACAAUAAUCUUGAAAUAAAAUGAGUUAGAUGAUUUAGAUAUUAAAGAUUUUUUAUAUGAUUUGUUAAUAAACUAAAAUAAUUUUUAAUAAGUAAAUUAUUUACUCUUAUUACUAGAUUUAUAUUAAAAGUAACCCUGGAAUAUAUAAAGGUAACUUUUUAAUUUUAUUAGAGAAGUUUCUUAAAAAUUAAUAAGAAAGUUAGAAGAGAAAUUAUUUUUAUAAAAUAAUUUUUAAUUAUGAAACUUAUUCAAUGGGUUUAAUUAAAAUAUUUUAUAAUGAAAUAGAUUAACCAUCAUUCUAAGAAAAGAUUUAAAAUGCUUAAACAGAAAUUAAUUAAACAAGUUUUUAUGAUUUGAAUGUAGAAGGAUGUUUUACUAAAAAUAAUUAUAAAGCAUUUUAUAAUUUAAUAUAAUUAUUAUAUCAUGAAGAUCAUUUAGAAUAAUUGGUAGGUUUAAACAUGAAUCACAAUUAUUUAGGAGAAUUAGGUGAGUUUUCAAAAGCUUGUUAAUAAUUUUCAACUUCUAAAGGAUUAUUAAAAUUAUAAAUAAGUAAAAUGAUAAUAAUAAUGAAUAGGUAAUUAACCAUUAUUGCAUAAUUCAGUAGCUGUUGAAAGUCUUUGUGGAAAUCGUUAUGAUUAAUUAAGAUUAUCAAUGUUUAAUAUUUCAUAAAAUGAUAAAAUGUCUCCAAAGGUAUUUGAAUUAAUUAGUUACAAUAUUUUGAAUGAUUUAAAAGAAAUUAAGCUAGAUAAUUCUUUACCAGCUGAUUUACCAACCUUAUUAAAAAUCUUUUAUUUUAUAGAAUCUUACGAUAAAUAAUUAAUCCAUCUAAAAUAAUUAACAUAGUAAUAGAAGAUUUUACAAAAAUUAAAUCUUGAAUAAUUAGAUUUAUCUACUGUUGAAAAUUAUAAUAGACAUGAUUUGAUGUAUAAACUUAUUAAAAAUACAUGUUUUAAUAUUCAUUCUAAUCUCAAAAAAUUAACUAUAUCUAAUUGUGAUGCAGGAAGAAUGGAAGCUUAUUAUAAAGCUUAUAAAGAUUUUGUUGAAGAAAUUAAAACUAAUUCUGAUCAUUUUUGUUAUCAAAACUACAGAAUUCCAUUAGUUGAAAUUAUAAUACCAGAAUAGAGAUACUCUAUGGAAAUUCCAAUCAAUUUAGAAUUUUUAUUAUCUUUAGUAUUUACUACUACAGAAGAUUAUUUAUAAAUGGAAAGUGUAACUUUUAUAGAAGCAUUUAAUGUUUAUCAAAGAAAUGAGGCUUUCAAUUAAGCACUAAAAAUUAUCUCUAAUUCAGAUAAUAAUAAAAAAUAUACUCUUAAAUCUUUUCAAGGAAUUAGAAUGAGAUUUUAUUUUGAAUAAAUUCAUUUCAAUCAAUUAGUUUUUAAUAAUAAUUUAUCUCUAGAAAAAUUUUAUUUAGAAGAUACUUCUUUUGAAUGUGAUUCAGAAUAGUUUGAAGAAAACUUAACUACAUUUAUAAAUGAACUUUCUGUUAAUAAUUAAUUCUUCGCUCUUAAAUCCUUUACUUUAAAAAAUGCUUAUGGAGCCUCUAUUGAAUUGUAUUCUUUUAUUAAUUAUCUAAUUUUUCACAAAUGCUCAAAUUUAGAAGAAUUAGAAUUAAUAGGAAUUACAAUCAACCUAAAAGAUAAAAAUAAAGAAAUUCUAUAAGCUACUUUAAAAAAUGAAUAACAUAAAAUUAAAUCAUUAAAAAAAUUAUAUAUUGGAAAUCUUACUGGAGAUUAAGUUUAUGAAAAUAUUUUUGAAUGGAUUAUAUUGAAUCCUUUUAUAAGAUUGAAUAAACUUUCUUUAAUUGAAGUUCCUAUAUCUAAUUUUUUAGAAUCUAUUAUAUCUAAAAAUAUUAACAUUGAAGAUCCUGAUAAUUAAUUAUCUCAAUUAAAUUUUUUAAAUUUAUCAUCAAUAGAAUUAUAAAAUGUAAAUUAAUGGCAAUUAUUUGUCUAAAUUUUUAUAUUUAAUUUAAAUUCAAAUUUAGCUACUCUAUAUUUAAAGAAGAUAGAAUUCUCUGAUGUUUUCUAAUAAGCAAUUUUAAAUGUGUUUGAAGAUCUAAUUAGUAAAAUUUAAUUAAAAAAGAUAAAAAUUUAAUCAAAUUUAAAUACUUUUUAAAAUGCUUUAAGAAAUAUUUUAACUUUAUAACCAGAGUCAAAUACUUUAACUUUAUAACCAGAGUCAAAUACUUUAACUUUCUAACCAAAGUUAAAUACUUUAAUUUUAGAACAUUGUGAUAUUUAAUCUGAAUUUUUGAUUGUGUUUGCAUUUAAUGCAUUGUGUAAAAUCAAAGAAUUAUCUAUUAUCGAUUGUCAUGGUUUUGACAAAACAUUAAUGUUAUCUAAAUAAUUAAUUUAAGAAGGUGAUUUAAAAAAAGAUUAAACAUUAAGUUUAACUUCAUUUGUUGCAAUUAAUACAGAAAUAAAUGAAGCUUUCGAAUGGUUUUUUGAAGAUAUAAUAUUUAAUGAUACUAAAUAAAACUUAACUAAACUUGUAUUAAAAAAUUGUAAAUGUCAGAAAUAACACAUACAAGCACUUUGUAAAAUAUUUAUUAAAUUAUAAAAUAAAGAAAAAAAUAACAAAUUGAAGAGGUAUUUUAAACUGAGAGAAAUUGAUCUCAGUUUAAAUCCUGAUAUUUCUACAAAAUAAUGGAAUAAACUUUUUACUACUCUAUUGAAUGUCAACAAAAAUAAUUUAAUGUUAUCUGAUAUAAAAGAAUAAUAACAAGAAGCUGAAAAUAAUAAUGAAGAAUUUUAAGAAGUAGAAAAUAAAAUUUAAGAAAUAAUAUCAAAUAUAAAGUCAUCCCACUUAAACUUACAAGAAAAGAUUUUAUUUCAUUAUCAAAAAUUUUAAUUUUAACCUCCUUAACAAUUAAGAUAUUUGGAAUUAGAUUUAAAUUUAAGUUAUUCUUCUGAAUAAUAAACUUAACAAAUAUACGAAGCUUUAGUUUGUGGUAUUAUUUGUCAUCCUUAAAAUAAAUUGAAAAAGUUAAAAUUAUCAAAUUUUAAUAUUGAAAUGUUCAUGAAAAAUGUAGAAGAAUUUUAGAAAUAUGGAUAAUAAUUAUCAAGAUAAAUAAAUGCAAAUGAAUAAUUUCAUUAUGAACUAGAAGAAUUAACAAUGGAAGGCAUUACUUCUGAUAGUGAUGAUGUAACCAAAUUAUUUGUUAAUUAUUUUAUUUGUUCAAAAUAUAUAAAUUUGAAGAAAUUAGAUUUAUCUGGGUUUAAUUGUGGUGUAAUUAAUCAAAUAAUUUAAUAAUCAUUAUAAAAAGAUAAAUACUUUAUUAAAGAGUUUAAAAUAAUAGGAAUAUCGGAAACUUUAAAUAAAGAAAAUAGUUUAAAAUUUAUCAAAUAUUUUAUAUUUGGUGAAUUAUUUCCGAUUGAAUGCAUUGAAAUUGGAGAGUUUUUGAAUUUUGAGGGAAUAAUAACUACUAAUGAUUGGUAUGGAUAAAAUAAAUACGAUAAAGAAAUAUUAUUAAAGAAAAUCAAUCUUCAUUCAGGAGGAUAUGAUAUUGAUAAAGUAGAGACUAUCAGUAAUAUAAUAAAUGAAAUACUAUAAAAUCCAACAACAUAAUUAGAUGUAUUAACUAUUACAGGUAGCGAUGUAGAAUGCAGAUCUUUUGAUUAAUUUUAUGAAAAGGGAUUGAAAGAGAUAAGAUAAUUAAAUAUAAAAAAAUUAGUUAUAUAAAAUUCUGUGUUGAUUGAUGAAAACUUUUUAUCUUUGUUGAAUAAAUCAAGAAAUUUCCUAGUAAAUUUAGAGCUAUAAAGUAUUACAUCAUAUGCUGAAACAGAAAGUUUAUUGAAUGAAUAAUUGAAUUUAUCAUUAAGUAAAGAAUGUAAUUUACAAAUAAAAUCUUUAAGUGGAGAAGAUGUUUCCAUUUUAUAAGAGAAGUUUUGUUUUAAUAAAAACUUUAAAUUUACUAGUUUAACAUAUUGUCAUUUAAAUUCAUUUAAUGAACAAUUAAAUGUAGGUAAUGGAUAUGAAAAAUUGAAAUAUUUAUAAUUAAGUUUUGAACUUUACUAUAAUAAUUAAGAAUAGUUAAGUGAAGAUUCAUUAAGAAUAAUAGGUGAAAAAUUUAUAUACAAUGAAUAAAGUUAACUUGAAGAAUUAGUUUUUCAUUAAUGUCAUUUAAAACCACCUGGAAUUAAAGCUUUAACAUCAGGUGCAUCUUAAUUUAGAAAAGAGAUUGAAAAUAAAAAUAAAUAAAGUUCAACUUAACUAAAAUUAAAAAGAUUUAAUAUAUAUUAUAGUUUGUAUAUUGAAUUAGAAGGUGCUGAAUUAAUAAACAAAGAAAUUUUAUUUUUUGAAUAUAUAUCAAUAGAACGAAUAGAAUUAGAAGUUACAAAUUGGAGUAGUGAAAUGUAAAUAAAUUUAUGUAAAUCAACAUAAAAUUGGUUAAGGUUUUAAAAAUAAUUUAAACGAACAUAUAUUAAUUAUUUACCUUUAAAAUAUUUUGAUAUUGGAAGGAAUGAAUUUGUUUAAACUGAAGAAGCAUGGAAUUUAACAUGUUCAACAAUUCUAUUUUCAAAUUUAACACCUCUAUUAGAAAGUGUUUUUAUUCAUUUUAUGGCUUUAACAGAUGCAUCUACAGAAAUCAUUACAAAAUAGGCAAGAAGAUAUUUUGAUUCUAAACCCAGUAAUUAUGAAUAUUAAGUCAAAAAAUUAAGUUUUUCUCAUAAUGGUUCAUUAACACAUAAAGGUUGGCUUGAUAUCUCUUCUAAUUUAUUUUUUCAUCCUAAAGUUUAAUUAGUAGAAUUAAACAUUUCAGAUACUAAUUUAGAUAACGAUUUAAAAUUGUAAAACAUUAUUAAUUCAGCUAUAAAUAAAGCUAAUAAUUCAUCCAAUCAAAAAUUAUCUAUUCAUACUUUAUUAACCCAUAACACUGUUUUAAAAUAGAAAUUAUAACCUUAUCUUUCUGAAUAACCUGAAGGUUAUUCUUCUCCUAAUGAUUAACCAAUAUUUAUAGAUUAUGAAAUGGGUGAUGUUGGUAGAUUUGGAGGAACGCCAGAAGAAUUUGGUUAUUUCAAUCAAUUAUAAAAUAACAUUAUGUAUAAUCAAUAAAACUUUAUAACAGCUACAUGGACCGAAUAAUCAUUAAUUAAAGUUUCAUAAUAUCAUUUAAGUUUAGCUGAUCAUUAUAUAGCAAUACUUAAUGAAUAUUUUAUAGAAAACAGAUAUUAAGCUGCUACUAUUUAUUUAAAUUUGAAUACUUUAGAUUAAUUUUGUAGUUAUUUUAAAUAUACAACAAAAGAACCUGGAUGCCCUUACCCUUAUACAUUACUCUUUUAAAAUGAUACCUUUUUAGCUUUAAAAUAAUCAAAUAGUAUCAUUUCAAAAAUUAUUAUUAUUAAUGCCUAAGCUCCAGGAUUAGAAAAAGUUACACAUUAAUUCAUUUUAUACAUUUGGGAAAAUAUUAAAUCAAAUUAAUCCUCUAUUGAUCAAAUCAUUAUGGAUUAUUAUUUAGAUGAUGAUUUAAUUGAUGAAAUGUUUAAAUAAGGUUAUACAGAAGCAGAUAUUGUUUAAUUAAUUAGAUUGAUUCCUCCUUCUAAAAUUAGAGUUUAAAAUACUUUGACUUUACAAGCUAUUAAGGCAAUUUAUUCUAUUUUUUAUGAAACAUCUAAUUUUGAAUAUUCAUCAAUAUAAUAUGAUUUUGAUAACUUUUUAAAUAUUGGUAUAGGAUAUGCUUUAAGAGAAUUAGCUUAUAACAUGAAAUCUGUUGGUUGUACCAAAUUUUUCAAGAGGAUUUUAUAUAAAAUUUGUAAUUCAUUUGUUUAAUAAACAAAUUAAUACAAAUUUAAUAAGGAAGUUACUAAUUUGAACAAAUUUUUAUCUACUAAACAAAUUUACUUUUUUUUCCUUGUCAUAAAUAAUUUACUGUUUUUAGCAAUUUGUUUAAUUAGUCCUUAUUUUUUUAGUCAUUAUUAUUAAAGUGAUGAAUCUGCAACUAUAAGAUUUGAUUAUUGUAUAAAUGGACCUAAUAAGAUUGCAUUUUAUUUAUAUUAUUCUUUUGCUGUAGUUUCUUUAAUUUUAGAAGCCUAUAUAUACAAAAACAUUAUUUAACAUGUUCCAACUUUCAUUGAAAAACUAGCUAUUUAAAUAUAUCCAAAUGAGGAUAGCUAAAUUUAAUAGCAAAAAGAAAAUGAAGAUCAACCAAAAAGCACAUAUUAAAAAUAAGGAUCUGUUUUGAAAUCAGCAUAAACAUAAUUUGAUAAAUUUGCUAAUUCAAAUGAAGCCUAUUGGAUGAUUUUUAUGAAGAAUAUUAUUAUUAGUUAACUUGCUAAAUAUGAUUAAUUCAAUGAUAUUUGCUUUAUUUUAACUUGUUAUUAUUGUGAUGAAUAUAUCCUUUUUUACCUUGUUUUGGCAUUAUAAAUAUUUAAUUAAGGAUUAAAUGUUAUUGGGUUUUUCAUUCAAAUUUUUAGAACUAUUUUCAAUAGAAACAUUUAAAUUAAAUAAUUAUCCACUCAAUAUAUAAAUGACUUUUAUCGUAUAAGUUUAGCAGGCAAGAAUUAAGCUGUUGCUUUAAUUCUAGAUUAAGUAGCUCCAUUUAAUGUUGAUGUGAUUCCUAAUAAUUUUAUUAUGAGAUUUUUUAUGCCUAAUUAAGCAGGAAAAGCGAUUAAUUCCUCAAUUAAAGGAUACUUAAUUUAGUUUCUUUUUGAAGAUUUACCUCAAAUUAUUAUCUUAAUUAUUUUUCUAAUAAAAUAAGCAAUAAAAAAUGGUAAUUUGAAAUGGAAUAUUAUUUUAACUUUAUUAACUUCCUCUUUAGCUGUUGUUACAUCAUUCUAUAAGUAAUAAUUAUAUUUAUUUUUUUAGAUUUAUGUCUAUCAGGCCAACUUAUUUACAAUAGGAACAUUUUGAUGAAUUAUCUGAUAAGAAAAUCUUAUCCAAAAAAGAUGCAAUAAUAAAAGACUUAAGCUAAGAACAAAAUUAAAUUGAAAUAUAUACUAAUUUGCUUAAAAAGACAGAAACAGCUUUAAAUAUUAAUGAAUCUGCUAUGCUUCUUUGA